CCCACCAAUGUUAUUGAGUUUGUUCCAUUGUAUAGGUCUACUCGCGUACGGCGGAUUCACCAAGUCCUCCGUGUACAUUAUUAUAUCAACGAGCGUUACCGUCCCGCACCCCUCAGAGCCGUCACCGCCGUCAUCAUCAUCGCAGCCUUCACCACCGCCACCGCUGCCGUACGACACAAGUGUCACCACCGCAACGGCUGCUGUUGUUUCGCGCGAUUCAAGCCGACUGGUACCUCUCACACGUACCGUUAUUAUCAGUACUACUUGCUAGGUCUCUUAUUUUCUCGAAUUUUUUUUUUUUCGUACACUUUAAUUUUCCGUCUCCUUUAUCAUUGUCGACGAGCACGACGCGAUUGCGUUGCACACACUCGCACACUUGUGAUCGUGUAUACGCCGCCGCCGCCGCCAUCAUCAUCAUCGUCAUCGUCGUGUAGAGUCCUUCCGCGUUCCCGUUUGCCGUCCGACAUUUUCCCGCGUCACACGCAAAGCGCAUACCGUUGUCUUUUGACAGCCACGAGUCUUGUACCUGCCGUCGACAAAUCGCGCGCCAUACGGACGUUUGCGUGUGUGUGUGUGCGCGUGCGUGUUUGUGUGUGUGCGCGCGUGCGAGUUUGUGCCAAAACGACCGAGACGACGACAAUAACAACAACAAUAACAUCGACGACUACGCGACGGUAGCUAGCGUUUGAUUCGUGUAUUUGUUGUGUUUGCGCUCGCGCGCCAUCAGAUAUCAUGUCGAACAUCAUCGGACAUCGUUGAACAACGGAUUCAGCAGAUUUUCCAAUUCCGAGGCCUCCCUCGAGAGCAAGCUGAAUUUAACUCGUGUGCUUAGGCACAUUACGAAGUUAACAACAGGCGCAACAGUGGCUACCGCGGCAGCAAGCCAAUGUUUACACCGCAACACCAACAGCUGUCGCCUAAUCGGGCGUCAAUCAACAUGCAGUCGCCCCAGGCCAGUAACUUAUCGAGGGGUAUAUUUCAAAGAGGCGGGUUUGCGACCAACCCAGGAGCAGAUAGGCGAAAUCAUAUGCCGGGUAUUACGUCACUCAUGCAAGAAUGGAGUUUGACAUCAUUGGCGAAUAACGCAAUGAAUAACUAUGGUGGGUCAAGUUCAAGUAGCAGUAGAUCUACGUCUGGCUACAACUUGUCCUCCCAACAUGGUUUUCAUUCGACAUUCGGUAAUAAUCAUGUUGACAAUGUCAAUGCAGCACCUCCUAUACUGGACCCGUCCGAGUUUCCUUCCCUCACAACUGGACGUAUAUCUGGCAGUGGGCAAGGAGAUAAUAUCGGUGUUCUACAUUCCAGCACGAUGCCUGCAGGAAAACCUUAUGGUAAACAUUCACCAUUCAAAUCAUUUGAUCAGCUGUUUAGUAUGGGAAUGGUGAAAGCACCGACGUCCGAAACGAGCGAAUUUACAAUGAGUAGUAAAGACUUUCCAGCAUUGCCUGGUACGCAACCUCUCAGUGUUACAACUACCUCGUCUACGACAACGGAUCCAAACCAACAAUCCUCAACAACAGCUUCUGGCUUGACAACCAAUUCAUUAGAUCAGAACAGCUUACAAUCAUCUAGUGACCAUUCGUCAGACCAGAGACUGAACAAUCUGAAUAGCCAAACGGACAACAAUUCUCAAGAAAAUGGGGACUCAGGAACUAAGAAAGGAGUGCAAACAUCACCUGAUGGUAAAGUAACUAACAUACCCGGAAGUAUGGUACGUGAUCAAUUUGGUAUUGUUGGUCUAUUGACGUUUAUCAGAGCUGCAGAAUCCGAUCCUAAUUUGGUGUCAUUGGCUCUUGGGCAAGAUUUAACUGCACUAGGACUGAACUUGAACUCACCUGAAAACAUUUACCCAACUUUUGCUGGACCUUGGGCAGAUGCUCCAUGUCGGCCGCAAGAUGUAGAAUUCCAUGGGCCUCCUGAGUACAUUAUCAACCAUGGUAUCCGGGAUAAGUUAGCCCAAGUCAAGUUAUCUAGGUAUAAAGAAGACUUGCUGUUCUAUCUCUUUUACACUAAUUAUGGUGAUGCAAUACAAUUGGCAGCGGCUAAUGAAUUGUACUCUCGAGACUGGCGUUAUCACAUGGAAGAACGUGUAUGGAUUACACAAGCGCCUGGAUUGAGUUUAAUAGAAAAAACUAGUACGUAUGAACGGGGCACAUAUUAUGUGUUUGAUGCGCUCACGUGGCGCAAAGUGCCCAAGGAAUUUUUAUUGGAGUAUAGCAAGUUGGAAGGUCGACCAACCGUACCAAAUGUGCCGCUCACCACUCCUAAUCUACUUUGACACAACGAGCACCGUCGGGGCGUAGACGCACUGCCAACAGCGACCGAACCUGACGUACACCAGCCCGCGACGGUCAUACUCAAUGCAGCCAUCGUCAACUCCUAAAAAGCCCUCCUCACC